CGAUCCGUUUCGACGGCCUUUGAACGAGCCUUCAUCCAGCGCGAGCAGGAUGUCGUCUGUUUUCACGAGCCAUUCGGUGAGCCAUUCUACUAUUCUGCCGAGCGCAUGAGCACACGAUACUCGGAAGAAGAGUGCAAAAAUAGCGGCCAACAUGACAAGACUUUCAACAACAUUUACCAAGAAAUUCUUGCGGCGUCAAAGGAUGAAAAGUAUGUCUUUGUCAAGGACAUGUCACAGUACAUCGUCAAGCCUGACUCCAUUGAAGGCAAAAACCCCACAGUCUUUACAGACGACGAGCUGAAAAGCAUGACACACUCAUUUUUGAUUCGCACCCCCGAAAAGUCUGUGCCGUCCUACUACCGAUGCUGCUCGGGUGACCAGGCCAAAGAGACUGGCUUUGAGACAUACGAUCCUGAUGAGGCCGGCUAUCGCGAGUCAGUGACCUUAUUCAAGUACCUGACGAGCAUUGGCAUUGAGCCCAUUAUCGUCGACUCGAGCGAUUUAAUCAAGACGCCCAAGUUGGUUAUGCAGGCAUACUGCAAGCAUGUCGGCAUUCCCUACCUGGAGGGCAUGAUUGAGUGGAAGGCGGAGAAAGUGGAGAGCUUUGACAAAUGGAAGGGAUUCCAUGAUGAUGCUCAGCAGUCCACUGGCUUCAAAGAGGUCAAGCGAGAAAAGGAGACGCACCCAGAGAUUGUCACAAAGACAAUUGAAGAGAACAAGGCGCCCUAUGAAUGGUUGUUUGAGCGUAGAGUCAAAAUUGACAGUCAAUAGCGAGGUAUACAUAUGGAGUUUGCAGAACAACCUGAAGUAUCUUG